AUGACCAUGUGCUUAAAGUUUUCUCCAAGCUGUAUGCAGCACAAGAGAAGAUACUCUAAGAUUCAACAAAAUCAGCCCACAUUAUGUAACAAGAACAAGACCUUGAAUGCUCAUGGGCUGAAACAAAAUGGCUGGUUUGUGGGGUCACNUCUUCAAGAGCGAGAAAAGUCCUUACAGCAUGCACUUAACCAGCUUCAAGAACAAGAAGUUUCAGAUGCACUAGACAGCUGUAGUGUGGAGCCAGGUGUUGCUGUUGAAGUUUAUGAGGAAUGGCAGGAGAGAAGUCGUCAGGACAUCACAGAUGUCAAGAACAAAGUUAACCAGUGUACAGAGGACCUUGUAACGGCUCUCUCGAGUUUACAGCUGGCCCUGAAAGUAUCCCAAGACAGCAGUGAAACAGUCAGUAGACAUGCGUCAUUUGGUGAUCUUGACGCAAUGAUCAGUUCUUUGUCUUCAGCGAUACAAGAAGAAAUGGACAAGUCCCAGGUAUCAGAGGAUGAAGAAGCCAAGCAGAAGGUUAACAGUGCGAUCAAAGCUCUGAUCAUUGACCUUAAAAGGGAAAUGGCUGAUAUUCAGGAGUUGAGGUGAACGCUUUCUAUGAGAAUCCUUGUCAGUCAGU